AUGAACUCGGAAUCAAAAAAUAACCGCUCACUCUUGGAUAGCAUUGAUAAUCUAGAGAAGGUGACUUCAAAGUACUCCACUGAGGAAAAAGAGAGUCGUUUCAAUGCAUUUAAAAGUCAACCACAAGUCUCACAGGCAGCUCCAGAAGCCUUAUUUGACAAUUCAUUAUCAAAGUUGAUCAACAUCUCUUCGGCAGUUGAACCAGGGAACCACUUCGAAUGCCUUAUUAAGAAUCUUUAUGAAACUAUGUUGAAAUCCCAAAAGGAGGAAAAUGAACAACAGUUAACUCUACCUAUUGGAGACCCAGCCGAAUAUUGUCUAACCAAAAUUGAUAUAUCAGUGAGUAAUUCACUCGACAAUGCCGUUAGUUCUGAUGAGGAUAUGGCCAGCGAAGACAACCUUAAACCGAAGCAAACUCGUCGAAGACUAAGUAACUCGGUGAAGGAUUUUCUCGAGAUUCACGAACAAGAGAAUGAGGAAGAAGCAGCUGAUGGGGACAAGCCCCGAAAGCUCGAACA